AUGGUGUAUACAAAAUAUCCAAAGCAAUCUUCCUUACCUUAUCUUGAAAUUCCCUUUCGCCCUGGUGGCUAUCUUGAUGCUGUCGUAUUAAUCAAUCAAAACAAAACCAAAGCCCUUGCUACUAUGAACCAACUCUCAGCUAUUGGUGCUCACCCUAAAGGCUUUUCUUCUUUCCUUGGUACUCGCUUCUACAGCCACAUUGUUCGUGCUCAAUUGGAAUACGGGCUGGCCAUUAUCAAGAGCAUCAUAUUCCUUAGCAAACAACUGGAAGAUGCCCAAAACGUCUGUUUGCGUCGGAUUUUCGGUGGCACUCACACAUCUUUCACCACGAAGAUGCUCUAUUACAUCUUCUUCUACUUAUUCGCCAGCCUCGAAGUCACUCCCAAUGGUACAAGCUCUAUAGGUCUUCCAUUUGGAAGAGAUGUCCCCCCAACCCAAAAUCCCUGGAUCGUCGCUCUUUACGAUCGAAACAACGAGAAUACCGCCAAGACAACCUCAACAAUAAACGUUCUACGCAUAUCUCCAUUCUUCUUACGUACUGUCGCCCAACUAUCUCUCUCGACCUUGUCCUAUGACUACCUAUGUCCAAGUCUGAAAGAAGUCGCUGCAUAUGUUGGCGUCUUGGCUGGCUUCCUGGUGGUCGAUACAAAACCCGUCCCUGAUACCCUGAUCAAUCCUUUACAAAAGUCCAUACCAUACACUGUCUCCAGAUGCACCGUAGACUCAUGA